CCUUCGAUCACCAUCACCGUCUUCUUCUAACAGAUCUCUUAUCCAUUCUUCGAAGCCCAAAUAUGAAAUAACCAAUAUAUGUGUAUAUAUGUAUGUAUAUACUGGUUUCUUUCUGAAAUUAAAAAAAAAUUAAAUGAUGGAUAAUAACACAACCACAGUGAUUACUGUUGUCCAGCCACCACCACCAUUCCCUGCUCCUCCUCGAAGCAUCGAUUUAUCUCCACUCGAGUUCAUUCUCGCUCUCAUCGCCGUCAUCACCAUCCCCGCCUUGGUCUACGCUUUCUAUUUCGCCCUUCCCUGUCCUCCCUACUCUUCCCGCCGACGUCACCGGAGCUCCGACGAUGUAUCCUCCGCCGCCAAUCAUGCCAAUCCGGAGGCGGCUUCUGGUUUGAAGUACCAGAAAGAGGCGCACGUUAAGGAAAUCGGCAGCGACUGCCCUGUUUGCUUAUCGGCGUUUGCCGAUGGAGAGGAGGUUAAACAGUUGAGCGCGUGUAAGCACUCGUUUCACGCUUCUUGCAUCGAUCUGUGGCUUAUUUGUCACGCCAAUUGCCCGAUUUGUCGGGCUACUGUCGCCGUGAAACGGCCGACUCGUCCCGCAAUUUGCCGUCUGGUAGAGAGGAUGAUCUGCAACAAGUUUGCCGAUGCCUCUGCUC